CUGACUGAAAAUCUCGGCGCUCGCUCGCGGACGCUCCCCGCAUUCCCAGGACACGCCGGUCACCAUGGAAACGCAUUACGGCCGUGCUAGGCGCGCUCCGGGGGUUCCAGGUUCCCGCACCGUCAUCGGAGGUCUCCGUGCACGCGAGUGACGCUGUUGUGUGGGGAAUCAACAUACACCGGGCCUGUAGCCCUUCAUUUUCUCACUCAUCGCUGCGGCUUUCUAAAGGGGCGGCGGCGGCCAUGGCCUCGGAUGCGGAAUGGGUGCUGGAGAGUGUCCUGGGCUUCGUGAGUGGGCCCGUCUGGACGGUGCCAGUCUUGGAAUUCAUGGAGCACAAAUGCUCAGUUUUUGAUGAUGACGAGGAAAACAAGUUAUCCUACACAGACAUCCACAACGAAUACAAAGAACUGGUAGAAACUCUUCUAACGCAGCAUCUGAAUGAAGUUGGGAUCAGUGAGGAGCAGUUUCAAGAAGCCUGCGCAGCUCCCCUUGCACAUUCUGCAACACUUAAGAACAUUUUGCAGCCUGUUUUGGCUGUGGAAGAUUUUAAAAUCUUUAAAGCGAUGAUGGUACAGAAAAAUAUUGAACUACAACUACAAGCAAUUAGAAUAAUACAAGAAAGAAAUGGUGUGCUCCCGGAUUGUUUGCAGCAUGGCAGUGAUAUUAUUUCUGAUCUUGAACAAGAGGAGAUGAAACUGGUAUCAGAAGCACUCAGGCUAUCAAAGGAAGAAUAUGAACGGGAGCAGCUAAGGAGGAGCGCAAAGGAAUUGAAUUGCACUUUUGGGGAACACUCUAAAACGAAACAGUCGAACGGCAGUGAGAGAACACCAAGCAAUACAGAACUUCCGGAUCAGAGUCAUGAAAUAGAACAGCAGCCAGUGAAAAUGCAGGAAAGUCCUUAUGAAGAAGCUUCCAUGAAAUUAAAAGAAAUGAGUAACACAGAAGCAGCAGAGGCCUGGUUGGAGCAAGCAAGGAAAGAAGCUGGUAUCCUCAGUUCUGUUACUAACUUAUCACAAGCUGAAAAGGAGCAGCUUCAGAAAAGAGCAGAAUAUCUCAGGAGGCGAAGGGAAGAGCUACUGGCAAAAAAACAAGAGUCAAAGAAAAUGGCCCAUAAUUCUGAAGUGCAUGAAGAAAAAGCAACAUGCUCGAAACAGGAAAUGACAGAGGAAGAAAAGAAGAGUUUGCAAAGAAGGAAGCAACUUGCGGAAAAACUGAAAGAGGAAGUGAUUUUAUGUGAGAAAUCUGGCACCGCCUCUUGAGUCUCCUAAACCAUUGACCCCCAUUGCCAAAGCUACUCGUAUAUUAUAUAUUAUAUGAUAUAUGUAUAUUCUAUACAUAUAUUUUUGUAUGCCUUAAAUAAAUAUUUAGAGCCA